AUGGCGGUAGCUACUGAGAGCCAAUAUGCGGGCUCAGUGGUAGAUUUCUCCGACAACGACGAGGAAAACGAGAUCGAGGCCGGCCCAUCCAGAUAUUAUGCCGAGCGCCAGGCAGACGCAAUCGCAAAGCUUUCCAAGCAAUUCAAGUGCGCCGUGUGUCACGAGUACAUCAUGUCUGGGCUGAUGGUGCAUUUACCUUGCAACGACCGCUACUGUGUGAGUUGUUUGAAGGAGCUCUUCAUACAGGCGACGAGGGAUGAGACGUUGCUGCCCUUGCGAUGUCACAAGCAGCCUAUUCCCCUGCAGCUCAUCGCUCGAUAUCUAUCUGCCGAUGAGCUUGCAGCCUAUGAGCGAGCAAAUAUCGAAGUAUCCACUGCGGAUAGGACCUACUGCAGCAAUAUUCAGUGUGGAAAAUUCAUCCCUCGUGACCAGAUCGAGCCCGGCACACACAGGGCCGUUUGCGAUCUCUGCGACACAGCAACGUGCGCGAUAUGUAAGAAUGGUUUUCAUUAUGGUCUGGAUUGUCCAGAUGAUCCCGCUCUGCGCGAGACUCGGAGGAUAGCAGAAGAAAGCGGUUGGAAGUCCUGCUACCACUGUGGGCGCAUAUUGAUACUGAGAACCGGAUGCAAUCACAUGACCUGCAUUUGCAAAGCGCAAUUCUGCUACGUUUGUGGCGAGAGAUGGAAAACUUGUCGAUGCGACGUCGCAGAUAUCGACAGGAUCGAAGAGAGAGCAGAAGAAGUCGUCGACCGCGACGCGGGAGAAGUACUUCCACCGGUUGAACGGCAGCGUCGCGUCGAACGGGUACGCAACGAGCUCGAGCAGAACCAUGAGUGUGAGCACCCAGGACGAUUCCAGAAGCUUUGGAGGCAUGAAGGCUACGGCGGGCGACGUGGAUUCCAAUGCGAGAUGUGCGACAACAGACACUGGAAGUACAUACUGCAGUGUCGGCACUGCUUCAUCAAUGUCUGUGAGGAAUGUCGUCGCCACCGAGUCUGA